GCAAUAGCGACACUCUCUCCAGACAUGGCCUCAUCCACACCAGCAGCGCAUAAUCAGCCGCGCUUAGGCGCAAACACUGCGUUCAAUGACAAGGGCAAGCCUAUGGAAGUGCGCUUGUCCAAUAUGGUCGCUGCUAAGGCGAUCAGCGAUGCCGUGAGGACAUCCCUAGGCCCUCGGGGUAUGGACAAGAUGAUCCAAACCUCCAAGGGGGAGCUCAUCAUCACGAAUGACGGCGCAACUAUUCUGAAGAGCAUUCAGGCCCUGCACCCUGCCGCAAAAAUGCUUGUCGACCUCUCAGCAGCUCAAGACAUCGAGGCAGGUGAUGGCACGACUACCGUCGUGGUCCUCGCGGGAAGCUUCCUCGGUGCGGCUGAGAAGAUGCUGCAGAAGGGAAUGCACCCAACGAUUAUUGCCGAGUCGUUCUUGAAGGCGUCUGCGAAGGCAGUAGAAUACCUCACAGAAAUUUCCAUGCCGAUCGACCUGUCAGACAGGUCUGCUCUCCUUCGCGCUGCAACAACCUCUCUUAACUCAAAAAUUGUCUCGGGAUACUCUUCAACCCUCGCACCAAUUGCAGUUGACGCAGUGACGCGCCUUGUCACCCCAACAUCUUCUAAUGUCGACCUACGAGACAUCCGCAUAGUGAAAAAAGUUGGCGGCACGAUUGAGGACACAGAACUUGUCGACGGUGUUGUGCUAAACCAGAACGUUGUCACUGCCGCCGGUGGACCUACUCGUAUAGAGAAGGCCAAGAUCGGUAUUAUCCAGUUCCAGCUAAGUGCACCAAAACCGGAUAUGGACAACACGGUCGUCAUCAACGACUACCGGCAAAUGGACAAGGUCAUCAAGGAAGGCCGACAGUACCUGCUCAACAUUUGCAAAAAGAUCAAGAAGGCAAACUGCAACGUGCUCUUGAUCCAGAAGUCCAUCCUCCGCGAUGCUGUUGACGACACCUCGCUCACCUUCCUCAAGCGCCUCAACAUUCUCGUCGUCAAGGACGUCGAGCGAGACGAAAUCGAGUUCCUAUCGAAGAGCCUCGGCUGCAAACCCGUUGCGGACAUCGAGGCAUUCACGGAGGAUAAACUCGGCUAUGCGGACCUCGUGGACGAGAGCAGCCAUGCGGGUGCGAAGGUGGUGCGCAUCACCGGUGUGAAGAACCGCGGGCGCACAGUGAGCAUCUUGGCAAUGGGCAGCAAUAACCUCGUGCUCGAGGAGUGCGAGCGUAGCUUGCACGAUGCUCUGUGUGUCGUUCGGUGCCUUGUAAAGAAGCGUGCUCUGAUUGCAGGCGGAGGUGCACCAGAGAUCCACGUCUCUCGUCUGCUUUCACAAUACGCUCAGACUCUCAAGGGCAUGGAGGCCUAUUGCUUCCAGGCAUACGCUGAUGCACUGGAGGUUAUUCCGACAACGCUCGCCGAGAACGCAGGUCUCAACCCUAUCGCCAUUGUCACCGAGCUCCGGAACAGGCACGCCAUGGGCGAGCGUAAUGCAGGUAUCAACGUGCGCAAGGGUUUGAUCUCGAACAUCUUGGAGGAAGACGUCGUGCAGCCGCUGCUGGUAUCUACAAGCGCAGUUGAACUGGCGACGGAAACUGUCUGUCUAUUGCUCAAGAUUGACGACUACGUCCAGUCACGAUGAUAUCUGUCUGAUUGAGCUGAACAGGUGUACAUUUCAAUUACUGUAAUCGAGUAUGCCAGUGCAGUGGGCAGGAAAGGGCCUGAUGAAAUGGAAAUGCUUUCAGCAAAUUCGAACGAGGCCUAUGACUCUGACAGAAGGCCCUUUAUAGCCUUUGCGAGGUCUUGGUGUUCGCAUCGCAUGCGCCAGAGCGUCCCAUCUUCAUCACUCUGUUUGAGACGCAGCACAGCGACCUGCAUGUUACUAGAGUCGGUGCCCGAUAGAACCACGAUCUUCAUCUCGUCU